CCCCAAUCUGCACUAUAACAAAUUCCUGGAAAUGCACAUUAACAAUUUAACUAUUUUCGAAAAUGCCAAAUAAGUCAGAGGAUGCGGGCGAUAUCCAACUGGGCAAACGACAGAGAAGAAAGCAGACAAUCUGGACGCGCGAGAAGAUUGCCAAGCUGAUUGAGCUGUACCGCUCAUCGGAUUGUUUAUGGAACCACUAUUCCGAGCUGUAUAAAAACAAGGACUGCAGGGCUAAGGCCAUCGAUUCCAUUUGCUCUUCCCUCGGAAUAACCAAAAACGACUAUGGCAAAAAGGUGCACAACCUGCGCAACCAGUUCAAUUCGGAACUUAAGAAGCUGGAGAGGCGACUUGAGGAGUCUGGAGGAGAUUCCGAGAAGACCUGUCGAUGGGAGCACUUCAAAACGCUGAUGUUUCUGCGUUCUGUUAUAGAACCACGCCCAGGAUAUCAGCAGGGUCCUCAGUGCAAGAAACAGAUUACAAAGCUGGAGAUUAGCUUUCCCGAACAGGAUGGGGAAAAACAAAGCCAAUCCUCAAUGGAAAGCCUGGAAUCUAUGAUUGUAGAAAACGAUGCAGAAAUCAGUGAGGUUCCGAGGGUCAGCGAACCCAUUCCGAUGCCUCCUGAACCUGCGCCGCCUUGCAAAUCAUCUGUUCCCAGUCGACUAGCAGAAGCACCCACUGUUUCCACUCCUGUUCAUAUACCACCAAGUGGCCGGGAUCAAUGGGACGCCUUUGGAGAACUAAUCGCCAGUGAAUUCCGUAACCUGAACUCUGAAAUUUCUCGCAAGAGGCUGAAGCGGAAAAUAAUGCAAGUUAUGCUGGAAGUGGGUGAAGAAGACGAUCUUAAUAUUCCCAGUACAAACAGUUGAUUGUAUAAUUAAGUAGCAGUAUAAGUUAAAUGUUAAAUUGAUACAGCACACAGAUCAUUCAAAGAGCAGUGGACGCAAGGCCCUUUGUAUGUACAUUUUAAGCACAUUGAAAAUAAAACGGAAGUGUAAAAAACUUCGCCUUGUUAAGCAAUCAAAA